AUGGCAGCAGCACUAGAGUGCUGGUCAAGCAGAGCUAGCACAGACGAGGACAUGGUAGAACAAGUCCUCAUGAGAACGCAAGAUAGAUCAGAAACCUCAUCAUCUUCAACAACAACAGCAGCAGCAUCUUUACAACUAUCUGAUCAAAGCUCAAAUCUUUCGCUAAAAGACACUAUUUCCUCAUCCUCUGCAAUGCAAAAAAGGCUUCAAAGAUUGAGUCGAAAUGUGUCUGAAGCCAUUGCUUCACUUAAGAACUCAUUGAAUCUUGAUUCACCACGUGACUCACAAGUGCAGCUAACGAGUUCUCAACAGGGUAAUUGUAAUGGUAAUAAGAGUGAGAGAUGUAGAAAGGUUGUGUGGGCCAGCGUUGUAAGGAACCUCACUCAGCUGUAUCCAGGGAGCCAGUUGCCCGAGAAGCUCGUGUCUAAUAUUAGGAAGCACUAUGAUUCCAUGCCACUCAGUUAUGCUCAGGCAGGGUUUGAUAUGAAAGAAGUGUUUUUGCACAUUAAGUUGAUAGAGCAGGCAUUAGUUGAUGAGCAACCAGCAAUAAUGAUACAAGAAGUAUCUGAUAAUGAGGCACAGGGUAGUGUAUACAAACUAACAUUUGUUUGUAACUCUUCCAUUUCGUGGCCCGCAAUGUCUGGUGCAUUAGAUAGUGCUUCCAUUUGCUGUAAGAAGAUACAGAUCUUUGAAAAGAAGGGAUUUACUCUUGGGGUUGUUCUUCUUUUAGUGCAAGCUGGACAAGAGAAAUCAUUUAAAGCUCGGAUUGAAAAUGCUUUAAAAUCUUCUGUAAAGAAGUCCAAAUCCACCACAGUGAAGCUUCCAUUUGGGCUUUGUGGGUGUCAAGAAGAGAACACUAAAGGAAACUUUGGUGAAAUUGAAGAGGAUCCUUGUGAACAGAAUUGUAGGAAUGGCAUUGAGAAUUCAAACGUGAAGAUUCAGCUUGAGAUGCCCUUACCCACUUCGUCAAUUGUUGUAUCGGUUGAUGAGUGGCAAACAAUUAAUUCAGGUGGGGAUGAGAUAGGGAAGUGGCUUUUGAACUCUGAUAAUCUCGAGUUUAUUGAUCAGAUUGGACCAAGUUCCUUUAAGGGAGUUUACAAGGGAAAAAGGGUGGGAAUUGAGAAGCUUAAAGGGUGUGAUAAAGGGAAUUCUUAUGAGCUUGAGCUCCAUAAAGAUCUGUUGGAAUUAAUGACUUGUGGGCAUAAAAACAUUCUUCAAUUUUAUGGCAUUUGUGUUGAUGAAAAUCAUGGAUUGUGUGUGGUGACCAAAUUGAUGGAAGGUGGAUCUGUUAAUGAGCUAAUGCUAAAGAAUAAAAAGCUUCAAACUAAGGAGAUAGUGAGAAUUGCUACAGAUGUAGCAGAAGGACUGAAGUUUAUGAAUGAUCAUGGUGUUGCAUAUAGAGACCUUAACACGCAACGGAUUUCGUUGGACCGACAUGGGAAUGCUUGCUUAGGGGACAUGGGCAUAGUUACCGCUUGUAAGAGCAUGGGUGAGGCGAUGGAGUAUGAAACAGAUGGUUAUCGUUGGCUAGCUCCAGAGAUUAUUGCAGGUGAUCCAGAGAAUAUUACUGAGACAUGGAUGAGUAAUGCAUAUAGUUUCGGGAUGGUGGUUUGGGAGAUGGUGACUGGCGAGGCUGCUUAUGCUGCAUAUUCACCUGUGCAGGCAGCAGUUGGUAUUGCUGCUUGUGGCCUAAGACCUGAGAUUCCGAAGGACUGCCCGCCAAUCCUGAAAUCUUUGAUGACCAAGUGCUGGAACAAUUCCCCAUCAAAGCGCCCACAGUUCUCUGAAAUUUUAUCAAUUUUGCUGCGACCUAGCAACAAUAUAAAUAGAUAA